AUGACGCGAUCUUCCUUGGUCGAUUCUUGUUCAUAUUCAAGAAUUUUUCGUUGUAUAUUCUUUCUCUUAUCCUUUUGUAUCUUCUUCUUGACAACGACCAAUGCUCAAGUCAUGCACAGACGGCUCUGGCCUUGGCCAUAUUGGCCAAGGCCUUAUCCGCAGCCGUGGCCAAUGGCACCACCAGCACCAAAGCCUUCCCCACCACCUGGUCCAUCACCAAAACCUGUCCCACCACCAGGACCAUCUCCAUGCCCACCAACACCACCGAAGCCUCAACCCAAGCCACCACCAGCACCUAGCCCAUCUGCAUGCCCACCACCAGCACCAGCACCUAGCCCAUCUGCAUGCCCAUCACCACCACCUAAACCUCAACCAAAGCCAGCACCACCACCAGCAUGCCCACCAACACCGCCUAAACCUCAACCAAAGCCAGCGCCACCAGCUCCAAAGAAUAAGCCACCACCUGCCCCAGCUCCAAAACCAAUCCCAACACCACCGCCAGCCCCAACGCCAAAACCUGCUCCACCCCCACCAAAGCCAGAGAACAAAACCAUACCGGCCGUGUUUUUCUUUGGGGAUUCGGUCUUCGACACCGGAAAUAACAAUAACCGAAGCACAAAGAUGAAAAGCAACUAUCGUCCCUAUGGUAUGGAUUUUAAAAUGGGAGUCGCUACUGGUAGAUUCAGCAAUGGAAGGGUUGCUUCCGACUAUCUAGCCAAAUAUCUUGGAGUUAAAGAAAUCGUACCGGCAUAUUUCGAUCCGAAAAUACAACCAAACGAUCUUCUUACAGGCGUCUCUUUUGCUUCGGGUGGUGCUGGCUACAACCCCGCGACAUCACAAUCAGCCAAAGCAAUACCAAUGCUUGACCAAUUGAAAAAUUUCCAAGACUACAUAGAGAAAGUGAACAAGGUAGUAAGGCAAGAGAAGACUGGAGAAGUGUUGGCAGGUUUGGAGAAGACCAAUCAGCUAAUAUCCAAAGGAGUAGCAAUUGUCGUCGCGGGAAGCAACGAUCUGGUCAUUACAUAUUUUGGAAGUGGUGCUCAACGACUCAAAAACGACAUCGACUCUUAUACCUCUAUCAUUGCUGAUUCUGCUGCCAGUUUCGUUUUGCAAUUGUAUGGAUAUGGAGCAAGACGUAUAGGAGUGAUCGGAGCACCGCCACUUGGAUGUGUACCAUCACAAAGAGGAAAGAGAAAGAAAAAAUGUAAUGACGAGCUUAAUUAUGCUGCUCAGCUUUUCAACUCUAAACUCCUCCUUGUUAUGGGUCAAAUGUCAAAAACCCUACCAAAUUCUACAUUGGUUUAUAUGGACAUCUACACUAUCUUCAGUCAGAUGUUAGAGUCUCCUGAGGACUAUGGAUUUGAAGAGACAAAGAAACCGUGUUGCAAAACAAGAUUGUUGACCGGAGGUGCACUCUGCAAAAAGUCAACAUCGAAGAUAUGUCCCAAUACAUCGUCUUAUUUGUUUUGGGACGGUAUGCAUCCAACUCAAAGAGCUUAUGAAACUAUAAACAAAGCACUUGUAACAGAAUACGCCCAUGUUUUAUCUAAAUAA